AUUUUGUUCACGAUUCGAUUUCUCUUAUGCUUGAAUAUUCUGUGGUUAUUAUUUUGAUUUGCCGCUUGAAUAUAUUCAAAAUGUAGUAGUUUAUUGUAUGAUUUAAUUAAGGAGCUAUAUUGUUAAAGUGAUAAGGGAAAGGAUGUCAAGGAUAUGGGAUGUGAAAGCAUGUCGGAGCUGCCUGACGGUGAAAGGCAAGUUAGAGAAAAUUGGAGAUGCCUCCAAGAGGCAAUACACCGCUAUCACAGGUCUCCAGAUUGCCGAAGGUGAUGGCUACCCAGUUUACUUCUGUGUAGAGUGCCGGCACCACAUCAGGAAAAGUUUAGCCUUUAGGAGGAAGAGCCGCCGCGCGUACUUUGUCCUCAAGGAGAUCUUGAAUGUUAGAAAACAGGUAUCCUACAGUGACAUAGUCACAGUUAACCGAAAGAAAACCAACUUGGAAUCAUCCCUAAAUUUCUGGGAGCCGCACCACAACCCUUGCUACCUAAUAGCCAAUGAGGUAGGCCAAGAAGAUGACUCCUUACAGAAAUAUAACUUGGAUCCUGCUCAAUAUACAAGAUGUCACAGUAAACAUAUUAUUGACAUCAAACCUGAAAUAGAUACUGAAAUACCAGAAGAAAAUAAUGAACCAGAAGAUGAUGCAACCAAUAACGAUGUUGAAGAUAUACCAACCAACGAUUACCUAGAACCCGCCCUCGACACAGCUAACAUUGACAUGAAUGACAUUUUCAAAGAUCUUAAAACGGAACCUGAUGACCAGAGCGAUGACAAUGACAACUUCGAAGAACCACCACUACCAGAGCCUAAAAAACAAGUUGACGAUUUAAAACUGGCCAAAGCGUUUGCAGAUAACACUGUUGCGAAAACGAUGCUGAUAUUUGAUUUGAAAGUUUUGAAUUUAGAGGAACAGAGAGAGAAGAUGGAAAUAAGGAAACGCCUUCAUCCAUUUUGCCGAGCCCCGUAUAAGUGUGCUAUGUGCUUGACCAUCCAUAAAACAAUGAACGAACUGAUGAAACAUGUGGAGUACCAUAACAAAAGAAAAUUCCAACAUGAUUGUAAGGUGUGCAAAAACAAGUUUCCUACAGUAGAGGACCUCAAUAUACAUGUGGCCAAUUGUCAUUUGUACGAAUACAGUUGUAAGAUCUGUCGCGCCAGGGUCUAUACUCAAAAAGACGCAGUAAUCCACAAUAAAUCCAAGCACGCUAGAGAAACCCAACAGUUGGUAAACUCGAUGGAACGUAAGAAGGCACUGCGGCAAACUCUGGCCAACUUCACCAUAACCGCGCUGUCGCAGCAGAUGAUGAGCGAUGUCCUGCUGCUGCGGUCGAGGCCCGAGCACAGCAAGGGUAGACUGGAGGUAUGUAUGAAAUGGAAAGUAAGGAGCUGCGGCAAACUCUGGCCAACCUCACCAUAACCGUGCUGUCGCAGCAGAUGAUGAGCGAUGUC